AUGGAAAGAAAAAUAUUUGUCUCUGGUGUUUCUCUCAUUCUUGUUGUAGGUGUUGCCUUAGGUGUUGUUGCUCUUGUCCGAACCAACAAUGGUCCCGCAGAUGCUAACAACGGCGGUGAACUGACCUCGCAUACUAAAGCUGUUACAGCUGUGUGUCAAAACAGCGAUGACCACAAAUUUUGUGCUGAUACUCUUGGUUCUGUUAACACCUCAGACCCAAAUGAUUACAUAAAAGCAGUGGUAAAAACUUCUAUUGAAAGUGUCAUCAAAGCCUUCAAUAUGACCGAUAAGCUCGCGGUUGAAAACGAAAAAAAUAACCAAAGUACUAAAAUGGCACUUGAUGAUUGCAAAGACUUAUUAGAAUUCGCGAUUGAUGAAUUACAAGCCUCGAGUAUUUUAGCUGCUGAUAACAGCAGCGUUCACAAUGUUAAUGACCGCGCUGCUGACCUUAAAAAUUGGUUAGGUGCUGUUUUUGCCUACCAACAAUCAUGUCUUGACGGUUUUGAUACAGAUGGCGAAAAGCAGGUUCAAUCACAAUUGCAAACAGGUAGUUUGGAUCAUGUAGGAAAACUUACCGCGUUAGCACUUGAUGUUGUGACUGCGAUUACAAAAGUACUCGCUGCACUUGACUUGGAUUUGAAUGUGAAACCUUCAUCUAGACGGCUUUUUGAGGUGGAUGAAGACGGUAAUCCAGAAUGGAUGUCCGGUGCAGAUCGUAAGUUGUUGGCUGAUAUGAGUACUGGGAUGUCUGUUACUCCUAAUGCGGUUGUUGCGAAAGAUGGUAGCGGCAAAUUUAAAACGGUUCUUGAUGCUAUUAAUUCUUACCCCAAAAAUCAUCAAGGUAGAUAUGUCAUCUACGUCAAGGCUGGUGUCUAUGACGAAUAUAUUCAGAUUGACAAAACUAAGAAGAAUAUUUUGAUAUACGGCGAUGGCCCUACAAAGACCAUUAUCACUGGUAAAAAGAAUUUUGUAGAUGGUGUGAAGACUAUACAAACUGCUACAUUCUGUAAGUCCUUCUCAAUAGAUUUAAACAAUAAUGAAUUAUAUUAUAGUUAAAAUAAAAAUAUAUAUCUGGAUUAGGUAAUUCUUGCAAAACAAACUACAUAAUCAAGUUUCAAAAUCAUAGCUCAAAAUUGCAAUUGCAGCAAAAUACAGGUUUAUAUAAUCACAAGUGCUCUUGUGCAAUGUCAUUAUGGAGGCCUAUUAAACCUUUAUACUGUGGCCAUAUUCGUAAAU